GUCAGCCGGAAUUGUAACCCACUACCAGCAGAGUGAUAUAUACAUUAAUGUAUAUGAAAUACGCAACCCAAAAACGUCGCGAUACAGAAUGCAACUCAGACCAUUUAGCAACUUCGGGAAACGACUUUGUGGGAGGGGCAACGCAGUGAAAGGAACGUGCAUCAUCUGGGGCGAAAAAUAAUUUAUGUCGAACCAAACGGGCGUAUUUGUUAUUUAGCAAGCUAGCAAAGGUUAUAAAAUAGCUAGCAAGCCGUAACAUACACUCCUCUGUAGUAGCCUGGACAAGAGUUGCACAAAUGACAGAGCUACGGCACCGCGGAACGACGGAAAACGACCUGCAACAUCAACAAUCCGAAGACAAGGGAUCUGAGAGUGAGGGGAAAGCAGAGAAGGAUGGGGUGUCUGACAGUGAGAGCAAGCCUGAUACAGGACCCCCGGGGGUGCCUGUCCCUGCUGAUGACACCCCCGAAGUCCUCAACAAAGCCCUGUCUGGACUGUCCUCACGAUGGAAGAACUGGUGGGUGCGAGGGAUCCUGACUCUGGCCAUGAUCUCCUUCUUCUUCUUCAUCAUCUACCUGGGCCCCAUGGUGCUCAUGCUGAUUGUGCUGUGUGUGCAGAUCAAAUGCUUCCAAGAAAUCAUCCACAUCGGUUACAGUGUGUACCACUCCUACCACCUGCCCUGGUUCAGAACGUUGAGCUGGUACUUCCUACUGUGUGUGAACUAUUUCUUCUACGGCGAGACGGUGACGGACUACUUCUCUAAUCUGGUGCAGAGGGAGGAGCCGUUGCGCAUCCUCAGCAAAUACCACCGCCUCAUCUCCUUUGCCAUGUACCUCACUGGUUUCUGCAUGUUUGUGCUGAGCCUGGUGAAGAAACACUAUCGCCUGCAGUUCUACAUGUUUGGCUGGACUCACGUAACUCUGCUGAUUGUUGUGACUCAGUCCCACCUCAUCAUCCACAACCUCUUUGAGGGAAUGAUCUGGUUCAUCGUGCCCAUCUCCUGUGUGAUCUGCAAUGACAUCAUGGCCUACAUGUUUGGCUUCUUCUUUGGACGUACUCCACUCAUUAAGCUGUCUCCUAAGAAAACCUGGGAGGGCUUCAUUGGCGGAUUCUUUUCGACUGUUGUGUUUGGGAUCCUGUUGUCCUAUGUGAUGGCGGGCUACAGCUUUUUUGUGUGUCCGGUGGAGUUUAACAGCGACCGUAACAGUUUUGAGGUGGACUGUGAACCCUCUGACCUGUUCCAGCUGCAGGACUAUGCCCUGCCUGCUGCCCUCGAGUCCCUCACUGGAUGGCCCACACUGCGCCUCUACCCAUUCCAGAUUCACAGCAUCUCCCUGUCUGCCUUUGCCUCCCUCAUGGGACCUUUCGGAGGCUUCUUUGCCAGCGGCUUUAAGAGGGCCUUCAAGAUCAAGGACUUUGCCAACACAAUUCCCGGUCACGGUGGCAUCAUGGACCGCUUCGACUGCCAGUACCUCAUGGCUACGUUCGUCAACGUCUACAUCGCCAGCUUCAUCAGGGGCCCUAACCCUGCCAAGGUGGUCCAGCAACUCCUAGCCCUGCGCCUGGACCAGCAGCUCCACAUCUUCAACUCGCUUAAGACCCACCUGACAGAGAGGGGUCUGCUGGAGGACGAAGCCUAGGACCCCCAUGGUCAGGGCCGGGGUCACCCUACUGGGGCCGGGAGGGCAGCCCCCUGGCACCAGAAAGCCCUGGAGGUGUGGGAGAAGUAGUGUGGCGCUUGUGUGAGAAAAUAACUCCAGCCUUUGGGUCAUUCCAUUUUGUGUGU